CGAGUGCUCUAACCACUGAGCUACAGGACUCCACGAUUAACUACAUCCCGCCAGGAGGAAGGAGCCAGGCGUCGUGAGAGGAACUUCAUUUGGAAUACAGUCUUACACUUCAAAAUGCUUUAUCGUUAACACUGAAUGGUAGUAGCCCUUAUUCUGGAGAGUAAAAAUGACGAGUUGGAAGUCAGAACAAUCUUGUCUAAAAACAACCCGAUAUAAUUUCCGUUUAAUGUCGAUUGGUCUCAACCGGUGACACUGUGGCGAUCUUACGAAAGGAAGUGCACACGUUCAGCACUAUCGGGAGAUGGUGCGCCGCACAGGGGCAAUGCUAUAGGACAAGCAGCCGAUGGAACGUUGCUAUUUUGUUCUGUCGGUUUGGAUCUGAAGCUGCUCCGGACCAGUCACAGGCGGAGACAGUUGUCCAUCUAAAGCUCAUCUGAAAAGGAGCAUCACCUCAGAGAAAAUGUUAACUUGGGGGAUGUUACGGGGAAGAUGCAACGUGUGAGGAGCGACACAACUGACAGAUGCCAAUGGUGGUGUGAGACAAUCUUGUCCUUAACUCCUGUCGCCAAACAGAUGAGCAGAGACCCUGCAGGCAGAGCAGGUCUUGGUGCCGGAACAAUGUCAGCAAACGCAUUAUUCGGGAUUGAAGCGAAGAGACGGAACAGCUCUCUGAUCUACAGCGUGAGACAGGCCGCAGGUCCAGCCACACACUUACUCAGCCGCAGCAGGAAGAAAUGCAGCGAUGACACUGAAGGUUUCCCGCCAAACAAGCGUCACAAAGGGGAGGAGAUGAAGGCAGAUCCCUUCGAAGAUAAUGAAGACUUCACUGCUGAUGACUUGGAGGAACUGGACAUUUUAGCCUCUCAGGCCCUAACACAAGAUGUGCAAGCUGUGGCUGGACACAUGACCCCUAGGAAGAAUGACCAAGUGCACCCAGUCGUGAACAGUAACAAGAAUAAAACAGGCAGUGGGCUCAGCCAUGGGAAAGUUGAGGAUCCCUUUGGAUUCGAGGUUCUUCAGGAGCAACAACAGGAGCUGCGACAAAAGUUUGAUCAAGUGCAACAAGAGUUGCAGCUUAGAAACGGGGAGGUCAAGGUGCUGCGUGAUUCCCUACGACGCAUGGAGUCUGACCUGGAUAAGCAGAAAAGGCUGCACCUGCUGAGUGAGCAGGAGAGAAUGGAUGCACAAAGCCAGAGGGAUAGAGAGCUAAGCAGGAAGGUGCAAUCGCUGCAGUCCGAGUUGGAGUUCAAAGAGGCUGAGAUGAUUGAACUGCAAGGGAAACUGAAGCCCUGCGAGCGAGUAAGCAAGUCUACGGCCAGCGAGGCCAUAACCAGCCCCAGGCAAACUCCCUCUGGGUCUUUGAAGCCGGAACCUUCCGCCUUCCCUCAGACUGCUUGCGUUUCCUUUACGAACAGAGAGAACUUUGCUGUUGAGGUGUCUGCUCCAACAUCCAACCGAGCAGGCACGAGAGAUGUGAAAGAGACUGGCUUAGCCAAGAAGGACCUGCAUAAACCUCCUUCUCUGUAUUCCAUUGGCAGAGCCGUCUCGCGCAGGAGAAAGUCUGAAGGUGCUGUCCUGGCAAACCUCCUGCUUGGGCCGCCUGUAGCCCCCGCCACCCUGGGCCUCAGCCACCUUCUGAGCAACAGCCCCCAAGCUGUCAACUCCUCUGUGCGCAGACACGUUUCAGUGGGAUCCUCAUCCGUUGGAAGACUUUUGGAGGCUGGGAUGGCAGGGAGUUGCCCUCGGCUGCAGGAAGCCCAGCGCCUGGCUGUGUGUGGAAUUAGCAGGCUGACCCUGGCCCAGGAGACCCAGGAGCCAAGCGAGAGUGGUCCCGAGCGUUGUAUGGGGCUGGGAGCCCGAAGCUGGUUACCUGCCGCUGAACAGCUGUUGCCGCUGGUGGAUUACUUUAUGGGCGAGUACUGCCAAGCCUUGCAGACGAGAGAGAGAGAGCGAGCGGGACGGAGUCCGUCAGGGAGCAGGAAGCUGGGCCCCUCCGGCUCUUGGGAAUCCUCAGCAAACGUGGAUGACGGCUUGGUCAGCGCGGAGGAGUUAGCGCUCGCUGCGCUUGGCGUACUCCACCUCCUGGUGUCUCACAGCUACGCAGCGGUUACUCGCAUCCUGUCAGACGACUCUAGCGGGGGUCCCACCCACAGCGGGGACUCAGGACACGUGAGAGAGAGCGGUGCUGCAGUGAGCCCAGCUGGAGCCACAGAGACCCCGCUCUCGGUCCACACACAGCGCUGCUUGUUCAGCAAGUUGUUGCAGCUCGCAGACUCGCUGGUUGUAAGUGCUUCUUAUCGAAGAGAAACUCUCAUAAACCAAAGCUUGAGAGUCUUAGGAAAACUGGCCAAAAACGCCACAGCUGAACUCCUGAGCAGGUUUCAGGUGUUGCUGCGUGGCUCUGCACUACGGCGCUGUCUCUCCGCGGAUGCUCCCUGCUCCACCGUCCACCUGGCUGUCCAGCUGCUGGCCAGUGUUGUGUACCGGCAGGAGCUGCUCUCUCAGCUCUGCUCACAGUCAGAUUUGUGUCUCUUCCUUCACCUCUACACGUAUGUUUCUACCAGACCUGACACCUCGGCCACAGACAGGCUGUGGCUCCAGCUGGAACAGGAGGUGGUUCGUUUCCUCACCUCCAUCUGCCUCUCCCACUCAGGAGCCGUGGCUGUGCUGCUAGAGGCUGACUGUCAGUGCAGCACUGAGGUGCUGAAGGCUCUGAUUGUGAUGAUGCAUCGCCGGUGGUUGACCCAGCGGGAACCGAGGAGAGGCUGCUGUGUGGUGACAGAGCAGCAGGGGGUGACAUUCAUACGUGAGACCCUGUUACUGCUCCAUCGCUUGUCUCAGAGGGACAAACACUUCACAGAACACUGUGUCCAGGUCCUGCACCAGCACAGCCAGGCCCUGCACGGCAUCAGGCACAUUCUACAGCAGAUCCCAGACCUGGAGGAGAGUGAAGAGCUGGCUUUGGAAGAUCUUUGUCCACAUGAGGAGCAGGACGUGGAGGCAGGCAGACCUUAGAGGAGACUCGGGUUUCCCCGGCAGCAGGCGACGCUGCGCUGUGUUCCCCAGACUCAGGAUCGGCCGACACAUCAGAUGAAUGUGAUGCCACUGCUGUUUCCCUGGUAAUAAUGGAUGAAUUCUGUGCUGACACAAUGUCAGUAUUUUCACAACCAUUUGUAUCAUUUAUUUUGUUUACAAUAAAUAUAAUGUGAUGAGA